CGCCGGCCGUGCCGAGAGCCCCUGGCCCUUCCAGCCGGGGCCAUGAACGGCUCCUCGCUGCUGGGGAACCAGACCGAGGGGAUGGGGCUGCUCCUGGCCAACAGCAGUGACUCCCUGGAGCUGGUGCUGCGCUCCUUCACGCCGCGGGCGGUGGUGACCGACGACGGCUUCGUGGUGACGGCGCCGGACGAGAGGAGCCUGUACAUCAUGCGGGUGGUGCAGAUCGCCGUCAUGUGCGUCCUCUCCCUCACCGUCGUCUUCGGCAUCUUCUUCCUCGGCUGCAACCUGCUCAUCAAGUCCGAAGGCAUGAUCAACUUCUUGGUAAAGGACAGGAGGCCGUCCAAAGAAGUGGAGGCGGUGGUGGUGGGACCCUACUGACCUCCGCUCGCGGCUCCCCCCCAACCCCUUCACCCCUUCGGAGCCCGCCGAGCCCCGCCGGACGCUGCUGUCGCCAGGACUCGGAAGGGGGGCCUUGUUUGUUGCCUUGUCUUGGAACUCCUUCCUUCGGGCCCCGGUAGGACACCUUGGGAAGACUGGCGGGAUUGGGAAGCAGACUGAGAGUCGUCCUCCCUCCUCCGCCCUUCUUCCUCGAAAGGAUCGUGCAAGAUACUCAACAGAAAGCCAGAUGUAAGAAACAAAGUGCGUUUCCUUUUGAUUCCUUGGGAAGGGAGCGACCCGCGUCUUCUGCUGAACGUCUGGAGAGAUGGAGGAACAUCGCUAGCUUCGAGUUGCACGGGGCGGACUUGGGCUUGGUUGUGUAGUGGGAAGGCGAGGGGUGGCUUGGAGUGCGUGAGAUUGAAAGAGAGAGAGAGAGAGAGUAAUGAAGCCGGUAAGCCUUCUCAUCUGAUUGUGUGUGUGUGUGUGUGUGUUGUAAAUAGCGAUGUAAAUGCACACAAGAGUAAACAUUCCCAACUUUGCUGCUUUAUUUUUAAAGGGAGGGGACGGCAUAAAGAAAAGGAACGGGCAACUUAGCUGUAACAUUGAUUGUAAAUCUAUCUAAGCUCUCCUGGACAUUUUCUGACUGAAUGUGGGGGGUGGGGAGCAGGCACAUUACAACAUUAAGGAAGUCAACUUGUGGUGCUUUUUGGAAUGCAUGUGUGUGCAUAUUAGAUCCAGUGUUCAGUUUCUUAUUUGUAACAAACGAUACCAGUGCUCAUGUAGGAAUGAUAAGGGUUUUUUUGGGUUGUCUACUUUCUACUGUAGCUCUCUCCUUUUUAAAACUGUAUUCUGUUAAGGUCCAGUCUGUAUUUUGAACCUAUCAGUUCUUGACGCUUGUCUGCUGCUGGUCUGCUGCUGAAAAGCCAGCGUGCUUGAUUGCUGCUCUCACAACUUUAUAAAUUGCAUCAGUUUACACAGCCAAAACAAAAAACAAAAACUUUGAUGGUCCUUUUUUUUCUUAUUUAA